GAAGAACGAAAUGUGGCCAUAGCGAUGACCUUGAGGUGGUAGAGAAUUUCGAUAUUGACGUUUACAAAGUCUUCUCCUAUUGGUUCUCCCCACCGCUUGUCACUCAGCACUGUCAAAGGUGUCAAAUAUCUCGCCGUUAUAAUUUUCAUCAUUACAAUUUUUGCGUCGAGUAGUGAAGUGUUUGCGUUGAUUAAUUUCCGUACCUUUAUUUCUCCGUGAUAAUUGUGAUAUUCAGUGCUACUUGGCAUUUUGAUCUUCAAAAUGCUUCGCAAGUGCUGUAUACCCGGCUGUGAUAGCAGUAGUAAACGAAAGGACGUUAUGCUGCACAAAAUGCCAGCAGCGAGUGAAAAAGUGAUAAUGUGGAAGAAAACUAUGUCGGCAGUAUUCAACUUGUUCGAAGGUUUGGCAUCAGAUGAAAUCGGCAAACUGUACGUUUGCCACAAACACUUCGAAGCCAGAUACAUCUCUUCAAAGUUGCGCUUACGGCCAAACGCGUGUCCAACAUUAUUUACUGAAGAAGAAAUCACCACGGGAACACCGGCUCGCCCUUCGGUUGAACGAGGAUUCAUUGAACUUGAAAUGAGGAACUCUGACCACUCGUAUGCAAGGAGAUGUCAUAUUGACCACACUUAUGCCAUGAGCGCACCAACAAAUAAUUCAGAUGAUGCUGCUGGUUUACCGCCACACAUCACAACUGGAGCUGAUUCAGGUGGAGUUACACUGGAACAUAUUACACCGAGCGUAGAACUGUCUAUUGAGCCGUCAUCCUGUCUUAAUUCAGAGUGCGUCCAAUCCAGCGCAGAUCAAGCCUGCUCGUCGCUCGUCACGGCUGUGAUGUCGUCGUUUGAGCCAACUUCACCACAAACAGUGGUGGACUCAUCAAAGACUAAUGCGGCUCAGGCUUGCAUCACAACUCCGGGGCCAUCUGUUGAUUCAAAUGCGGAAAAAACAGAGCCUGCACGAGCAUCGGGUGUUAAAGAAAAAAACAGGCGAAAACAACGAACAGCGAAAUGGUCUUGUCGCAAACGACUACGAGUUGUAUCAAACACCGAGCAACUGUCGCCAGAGUGCGAAGUGUUGUACGCACAUUAUAAGAAAGCGACAAAACAAGCAGAUUACUUCAGACGAGCUAAGAUGGCGUCUAAGCUAUCACAAGAGGAUUCUUUUAAAAAAUUAGUGGCAGGAAUGAACUCGGUAGCAAGAAAAUUUCUGUGGAUGCAGGUUAAACUCUGUACUAAGAGUAAAAAAGGCAUAAGGUUUAGCCUAGAGGAAAAAGUAAUUGGCCUCUCAAUAAUGAAACAAAGCCCGAAAUGCUAUCGAUUCUUACAGAGAAUAUUUAUUCUGCCGUCCAAAACGACAUUAAAUACGUUGUUGCAGAAUGUGAACAUCGAAGCUGGCAUCAAUACCCAAGUGUUUGAUGUCAUUAAACAAGAGGUCAGCGAAUGGAAUGAGGCCAAAAAAAUGUGUUCCAUAAUAUUUGAUGAGAUGAAGUUGGACGCUGGCAUCCAUUACUCUAGGAAACGUGACAAUAUCACUGGAUUCGUAGAAUUGUCUGAAAAGACCAACCACUUGGCCGACCACGCUCUAGCAUUUAUGAUUAAAGGCGCGGUUCAUAAGUGGCAACAGCCGGUGGCGUAUUACUUCUCCGAAGGUGCCGCGUCGGGUCCGCAGAUGAAGGCCAUCAUCAAGGACAUAGUGGCCGCCGUGUGCGAGACGGGGCUUCAGCCUAUCGCUUUGAUAAGCGACCAGGGGACUUCAUUUCAAAGCGCCUUUAAAAGCCUUCAAGAGGAAACUAAAAGAUCACAAAUCUUAGCAGGCCAGAAUACCGACGACACUAUACACUUAAAUGGCCAUAGUCUUAGUGUAGUGUAUGACCCGCCACAUUUAAUCAAAGGAGUGAGGAAUAACUUCUUGACGAAGCAUAUUAUAAUGGACGGCAAAGUGUCGAAGUGGCAAGACUUGGUGGACGUGUACCGCACGGACUGCCGCCACGCGCAAGCUCGCCUGCUGCACAAGCUCAACGACGAGCACAUACUCCCGGCGAAAAUCAAGAAAAUGAAGGUGAAAAACUGUGUGCGUGUUUUCAGUCAAACCAUGGCAGCAGCUUUAUCUUACACAGCUUCAUUUUCGCACUACGCGGACGGCACGCCUGUGUGCGCUACGCUGUCCAACACGGCAGAACUGGUGGCCUUCCUCGAUGACCUGUUCGACAGCGUCAACGGCGGCAGCACCCACCACAAGCACACAAAGGGAAAGCAACUGCGGACUGCCGCCCGGCCCCUCGGCAGAGUGCCCAUCACGAUCAGCAUUCAUUAG